GGAAGCAUAUGAACACAAAAAUUGACCUUGAAUUGAUUAAAAUUAUUAUUAGGUGAUGGGAAAAUCAUAUAACCAUGAAAUUUCGAUAGCUUCACCUUAAUGGCAUCAAACCCGAUUUCCCGUUGUUUGACUUGGUAGGCUUUUUCAAGCGAAGAAAAUAAAAAUUCAGCUUCAAGGUGUUGAAUCAUUGAUGAACUCUGCACCAUGCACAUCUAGAUCUAUAAAACGUACCGUUGUCCAGUCGGUGAAGCAUCAGUCGUUUACAACCGUUGAAGCAAUUAGUGCCUAACCAGCCGAGUGUCAUCAACAAUGAAGUUCUUCAUUCUGUUAUCUGUGGCAAUUGCCCUUACCGCCGGAGCACCAGUGGACGAAUCGGACAAGAAGGAAAAGCGCGGGCUCGUUGAAAUCGGUCAUAAUUUUGGCUACGAAGAACCGUCCUUGUACGAUAAUCAUCAUGAUGAUUGGACCGAUCAUCAUGUGACCAAGCACGUAACUGUCCAGAAGAACGUUGCGGUCCCAUACCCCGUGGAAGUCGAGAAGCAUGUCCCGGUAGCUGUUAAAGUACCCGUUCCGGUACAUGUCGAGAAACAGGUUCCCGUCUACGUUGAAAAGAAAGUUCCUGUCUACGUCGAGAAGAAGGUUCAUGUGCCCGUGGAUCGCCCGGUGCCUUAUCCCGUCAAAGUGAAUGUGCCGGUCUACCAUAAGGAGGUCGUCGAAGUUGCCAAGCCCUAUCCGGUGCACGUUGAGAAGCCAUAUCCAGUGUAUGUGAAGCAGCCGGUCUACGUUAAGGACCACCACUACAGCCACAAACCGUAUUGGGGUUGAUUCCGAUUGAAUGCUUUUCUAUAACAAAC